UUAAGCUCACUGGCAACAAUCACAGUACAAUACUUAUAAAAGAAAAUACGAUUGACUGAACUUGGAAAUAUGUUUACUGAAUUUUUUUCCCUUUAAAUUACGAUUAACUUAAAAGUCAUUAUAAUCCAUAAACGACUUUUCCAUCGUUCAACAAACAUGACAUAUGUUUUCAUCGAUAAAAAAUACAUACAACGACAUCCAACAGUGACUUAAUCGGUAAAUUAAGAUAUAUUUAUAUGUGUUUAAAUUAAUCGAAUUUAUAAAAAAAAAAUUAGAGAUUUAGAAAAGGUCUUACUUUCGUUGACCUACCAAGUUGAAUUGCUAACUUUUGAAGUCUACAAUCCAUUGUCCAAUCACUACAAAAUCACUUCUUUAUUUUCUUUAUAUGUUUUUUUCUUGAUUGAUAAAUCCGGUUGUUAAAGUUUUUAACAACAAAAUCAACACGGGUCCAGCUGUGAUUUCUCAGUUCAUCAAGAUGAUCUUCUCCUAUCGCGUUUUUUGGUUUUCUUGAAAUCUCUAUCUAAGUAUACAUACCAAAGACGCACUUUUCUGUUCGCAUUUUCAUGUGGAAUUAGAAAAGGGGUUUCUUUGAUCCUAUGAGUUUAUUAUUUGGUUCUUGAAUAUUAUAAUCUUGGAUCAGAUUUCGAGACUGCCGGUCUCCUCUUGCUCUUGAUCUACGAUACAUAGACAGUCCUACGUUUUUUGAUUAUUUGAUUUGUGUGUUCGUAGCAGAAGAAAACAUUACUUCAUCGUAUGAAAUUGCUUCGAUUGUGAGUUAGAUGGCUCAAUUACCUGAACCUGAACGGUCCCCCAGUGUUCAACAAAGGGGUUUUCGAGUUCAAGCUCCAUUGAAUAUGAGUAAUUUGCAGAGAUGUCCAGAUGAAAUUGAAUAGAAGUUUCAAGAAAUCUUGACAUUACUUAUAAGUUGUGAUUGAGGGCUUCUGUUUGUUUAGCCCCAAUUGUGGGGAUUUUUGUUUUCAUGCGAAUUUUGGGAUAAAGAAAUUGUAUGUUCUUUGUGUUUUUGGGAAGUCUUGAGCAAACUUAUUUGAGUACUACCCUAGUCUUUGUUUUGUCUUGGUGUGAGCCACUCUAUGAUGUUAUUUGUGAAUAGAAUCCAUCAGCAUUUUGUUUGAUUAGAAUUCAGAUUCUCAUGAUGGCCCUUGUGUUUGAACCUUUGGGAUUAAAAAAGCUGUGGCUUUUGUUGUUCUUGCUGGUGUUGCCUAUGCUAAUCUACUUGUUAAGCAACCAAACAGACUUUAGGUCUCUUUUUCUCAUAUAUGGAGAUACAAUUACAGAUCCCCUAUAUCUUUCUUGAAUAGAAUUGGGAUGAACCCAUAAAACCUGGAGGUAAACACUGCAAACACUGGUUUCUAAAGCUCGAUUCUGGGAGAUUUCUGAUAAAUCUUAGUGAGCUAGUGGUCUAAGAUAGAACUAUGCUGUUUGUUGCUGAAUGUUUAAGAAGCUUACUACAUCAAGAGAGUAUUUUUUUGGUGUUCUUUGUCAAUUUUGCCCAAGUAGUUUGGUGUGUUCUUUAUACAUAAGUCUUCAAUUGUUGCACCCAUGCUUGAACAUCUUUUUGUUCUUUUUUUCUCGUGCUUCUUUCACCAUAUGCUAAUCUUUAUUCCUGCUACCUGUUUGCUCACACUUCUGAACAAGCCCCCUGUUUCACCAAAAUAGCUGCUAUAUACUCGUUGGGGCAGAGGUUAGGUCCGCUUACAUCUUAUCCCUCCCACACCUACUUUCGAGUGGGGAUUUACUGGGUCGAUUUGCAUAUUAGGUUCUCUAGAAUAAAAUUAGUCCAUGAAACAAUAAGAAUCUUUUUCUAUUGUGCCGACAUUUCUUAUUCAUGUGUUGAGAUCGAUAAUCACACACACUAUAUACUGUAUUAACGUGGUUCAACAAUUGCGUGCAUCCAUAGUCAUUGCUAUGGGUUUCUUCUUUUUUCAUGAAAUAAUUUGGCUACUUCUAUAACAAGAACCCAAACCAGAAGGGCAAGACAAGUUUCCCAUGAAGCUGUUUUUAACCCUUCGUUGGAAACCUGAAGUUGUGUGGUUUGCACCCCGAAUCGGACUUCUCGUUUAACACCAUGUUGUUAGAAAGAAAUUCUUUCUUUUGUAUGUAUGUAUAAGCUAGACUUUUUGCUUCCUCUGAACCCUCGAUAAUCUUAUCUUGAAUGAAGAUUGCAGCAUUUCUUGCAAUAUUAUUGGUAUGGGUAUGUUUAUUGAUAUUAACAGAAAUUAUAUGGCGAUUAUUGGCAUCCUAACAUGGCAAAAUGAUUCAGGUCGAGUCUGUUUCGUGCUACUGUAGAGUUGAUGCGGGUUUGAAAACAGUAGCCGGAGCCAGGAAAUUUGUCCCUGGAUCGAAACUUUGCAUCCAGCCGGAUAUCAAUCCACGUGCACACAAGUCCAAGAAUGGGCGCAGGGAAAGGACGAGGAUUCAGCCGCCUCUCCUUUCUGGCCUCCCCGAUGACUUAGCCAUUGCGUGUUUAAUCCGGGUCCCACGUGCCGAACAUAACAAGCUUCGAUUAGUUUGCAAACGAUGGUUCAGGCUUCUGUCAGGUAACUACUUCUAUUCCCUUAGAAAGAGUCUUGGAAUGGCUGAAGAAUGGGUUUAUGUCUUUAAACGAGACCGUGAUGGACGGAUUUCUUGGCAUGCUUUCGACCCCACCUACCAACUAUGGCAGCCGCUUCCACCGGUCCCUGUCGAGUACGGUUACGCCCUCGGGUUUGGCUGCGCUGUUUUAAGUGGUUGUCAUCUUUAUCUGUUUGGAGGUAAAGACCCUCUUAAGGGUUCUAUGCGGCGCGUUAUUUUCUACAGUGCUAGGACAAAUAAAUGGCACCGAGCUCCAGAUAUGCUUCGGAAGAGGCAUUUCUUUGGAGCUUGUGUGAUUAACAACUGUCUUUAUGUGGCGGGUGGUGAAUGCGAGGGGAUCCACCGGACCCUUCGGUCAGCGGAAGUUUAUGAUCCGAAUAAACACCGAUGGAACUUCAUAUCGGAUAUGAGCACGGCAAUGGUACCAUUUAUAGGGGUGGUUCAUAACGGAAAGUGGUACUUGAAAGGACUAGGAGCGCACCGGGAGGUGUUGAGUGAAGCAUAUAGCCCGGAAUCUAACACGUGGGGGUCCAUCACGAACGGGAUGAUUGGUGGUUGGCGGAACCCAAGCAUCUCAAUGAACGGACAGCUUUAUGCUUUGGAUUGCCGGGAUGGAUGCAAGAUUAGGGUUUAUGAAGAAGGGACAGGUUCUUGGAAAAGAUUCAUGGACAGUAAGAUGCAUCUAGGGAACUCACGUGGAUUGGAGGCUGCAGCGCUUGUUUGUUUGAACGGGAAGCUGUGCAUCAUUCGGAAUAACAUGAGUAUGAGCGUGGUGGAUGUGUCGAGCCCGAAUAAAGAGGUGGAGAGUAAUCCGGAGGUUUGGGAGAACAUCGGUGGGAAAGGUCAGAUAAAGACAUUGUUCACGAAUUUAUGGUCGAGUUUAUCGGGCCGAAAUGGUGUGAAGAGCCACAUUGUGCACUGUCAAGUGCUUCAAGCAUGAUGAAAAGAUAUGGGGUAGUGAUUGAAGGAAUGAAGAAGAGAGAAUUCAGAGGUGAGGUAGGUCUUAGAAGCAGAAAUCAAUGUUGCUACUCAAUUGAUUGAUUAUGUCAUGUGUAUAAUUGAAGCCUGUGUGUUUUUGGGUCA